AUGUCAAACCAUCAUGCUCCAAACUUUGUGGCUUCGCAGGAAGUUGCUCGCUAUGAUUCACAGAAUGACGUAAUGCCUAAUACCGGUGAAAGAAAUGGAUAUUCUCCACGUCCUGUUCAUAAUGGUCCUCGUUUGGGGCAGCCUGUUCCGAGCCGUAUUUUUUCGCGUGAGGGGAGAAUGUAUGAUACACACAAUUUCGGGAUGCCAAACAACUUUGAACCGAAUGGAUUUACCACACGCCGUGUGCAGGAUCCUUUCUUGACGAGACAUCCUGCUCCAAACCGCAUGAUUUCGCGUUACGCUGAAGUCUACAAUCCACGAAGUGUCAUUCCACCAAAUUAUUCCGAAUCAGCUUACAUGGCUCGACACAUUCAUCCAGCUCCCGACCAGCAAGAUUACAACGAUCCCGCAGCGCAUUAUACUACACCACCGAUGAAUGGACCAUCCCAUCUGAACACGGUUGGCAACAACGGUUCUGGGAACCAUAUCAGCCCAUACCAUUAUGAUACUACUCACCGCGUCACACAACGCCGUCGUCAAAUAUCAUCGGUGGACCUGUAUUUCAGUAUUUCGGAGCGAGGCUCCAACCCCAUGCGUGAUCUUCCAGAUUCCUCGAGCUGGGAUGCUGUUGAUCCGUACAAUUUGCCUCAAUUCACCGUCGCUCUCAGUCUAUCAGACUCGUUCAGCUAUCGUAUGGAGUGCUGGUUGUCCGAAACGAAAUAA